AUGCCGGAUAUUUUAUCAGUGUUGAAUGACUUGCCUUUUAUCCAAUUUUAUAUGUCACAUGACGUUUCUGUUAAAAUGUUCGAAUGCAUUGGAAGUGUGUGUGCAUUUCUUGCAAUUUUCUGUACCUUUUCCUUCGCUCACCUGGAUAAUUUUGUCAUAAGAGUCAUAAGCGACAUAGGCCCGUGUGCAUGCAAGCUGGAGUGUUAUUCUUCGACAAAAUGUGCCUCUGUUAACUAUGAUUUAAACAAUUUUGAGUGUGAGCUCAGUUCGUAUAAUGGAUCCUUGUUUAACGAAUCAAACGCCACAGAGUUAUAUCAAUCUUUCUCUAUGGACAAUAUCAAACAGGAAUUUUCAGAUCCUUGUAAUGGUAUAUUGUGUGGGCCAAAUAUGAAAUGCAUCACUUCCACCAAUGGAAUUCUUUGCAUUAUUACAGAAUGCGGAGAACCGCUUGCCGUCACCAAUACGAUACCAAGCUCUCUGUCAAGUCUGCGAGCAGUUGGUACGGUCCUGUUGUAUCAAUGUGACAGCGUUGGAACGCCUGUCGGUAAUCUAACCUCUGUGUGUCAAUCGAACGGGGUCUGGUCACAUAUUACCGGAUAUUGCAAAGUGUGUGGAACCUUACCCUCUGUUCCUAAUGGCGCCGUGGGUCCUGGGUUCGACUACCAGAAUGCUGUCCGUAACAUUACCUGUCAAUUAGGGUUCAUGAUGUCUACACCCGAUAACACCAUCACGUGUCAGGGGGACGGAAACUGGUCAGCCAUAAACACCACGUGUAUUAUUCAUGAGUGCCCGGCGUCUUUUCACCACGACAUGAUAAAGGAACUGUGUAUCCGCGUGUUCGAUGUUCCCGCCACCUGGGAUGACGCCGACACCAUGUGUCAAAACUACUCACAGCGAUUGAUCAAUAUCAACACUCCGUCCCAAGUAACCAUCCUCACAGAAUAUUUAAGGAGCCUGACUAAUGUAGAUGAACGGGACGAUAUACACGUGGGAGGGAGGCUGGUCGGUGGUCAGUACCGGUGGAUAGUCACUAACAAAACGAUCGCCCCGGCGGUGUGGGACGAGAAUUACCCCAGUGAGUCAAUGAAGGUGUGCACUCACUUCCACGACACGGAGCAUCUCCGGGACAAGGAAUGUACCGCGCUCAGCAAAUACGCAUGCGGGGUGUUUUAUUAAAUAUUGUGAGCAAACUGGAAAAAAAAAACAACCUAAAUGUCUUUGAUAAUGUACAACUUAUGAACGCAACUUUGUUGCUUUGCAGGGGCAGUCGAAAAAAGUUUGCUACAAUAGACUGUACACUUCACAGAUUUUGUGAAGAAAAAUUUGUCCAGAUAGAAUAUUAUGUUUAGCAUGUUGAGCUUCCGUGCUCUUCUAAUUAAUCUUAAUAGCAUCGAGAAUGUAAAACUGAAUCAAGCUAUCAAACUUUAUUGACUUUUUAUUUAAAACUGUUUUAGAUGAUGUCCAAAAUAAAGUACACUGUUUUCAUAUAAACAAUAGAGUAUUAAUUACUUAAAUAAACAAGACUAUGACCCAUAUCUAUUUA